GGGUGCUUCAGGGAUCAACCCCAAACAGGCCCUCCAAAUCCCACAUUUUUCUGAUUACUUGAGUCCGCCAAUGGAGUUCAUGACUUCAUUUCCUGCUGAUGAAAAAGUAGUUGUUGUAGGCCAUAGCCUUGGUGGACUCCUCAUUUCUAAAGCCAUGGAAACCUUCCCAGAAAAGAUUUCAGUUGCUGUAUUUCUUAGUGCUAUUAUGCCUGGUCCAAAUAUCAAUACACUCAAUGUAAUAAUACCUCACCUUGAUAAUCGCAUUACAUAUGACAAUGGACCUACGAAUCCUCCAACCACUGUCAUCCUAGGUCCCAAGUUCUUGGCUGCUAAUGUUUACCAUCUGAGCUCAAUUAAGGAUUUGGCGUUGGCCACUACACUAGUAAGGCCAUUUUAUUUAUACCCUUUGGAAGAUGUUGCUAAGGAGAUAGUUCUUUCGAGGGAAAAGUAUGGAUCAGUUAGACGAGUGUUCAUUGUGGUUGCUGAAAAUAAAGGUCUGAAGAAGGACUUUCAACAGUUAUUGAUUGAAAAGAAUCCACCUGAUGAAGUGGAAGAGAUCGAGGGCUCUGACCACAUGACCAUGAUGUCUAAUCCCCAACAACUUUUUACUACUCUUCUGGGCAUUGCCAACAAGUAUACCUAA